UCUUCAUCUCCACCACCACCAUCAUCAUCAUCAUGAAGGUCCAUCACUAACAUCAUCAUCUUUACCAAUGUGAAGUUCCGUCAUCUUUGUCAUCCUCGCCAUCAUCACAUGAUCAUGUCUGCAGUAUAAGAAGCUGUAUUAUCAUCAGGUAAACCUAUGCAAACCCUCCCCAUCAAUCCUCUUAACCGACCUUCCUCUCUUCCUUCCUCUCCUUACACAGGUGUGUGUAGUGCUUCUGAGUUGGCCUUCCUGUUAGAACCCAGUGACAUCAUCGCUGUGCGAGACAAACCCCUGAUGCUGGACUGCAAAGUGGAGGGCGAGGGGCCCAUCACCAUGACGUGGCGCAAGAACGGGGUUCCGGUACCCACGGGCCCUGGCACACGGGCGCAGCUCCUGCCCAACGGCACCCUCCUCAUCCCCAGCUUCCAGAAGAGACGAGACGGGGACGCCACCGACGCCGGAGACUACGACUGCGCCGCCCAGACCCCCUACGGCAUGCUGGUCAGCCGCAAGGCCCACGUGCAGCUGGCAUCUCUGCCUAAGUUCCACACUCACCCAGAGUCCAUGUCAGUGAAUGAGGGUGGAGUGGCUCGCUUCCAGUGCCAAGUCAAUGGGAUCCCCGAGGCCAAGAUCGCCUGGGAGAGAGACCGUGUGUCUGUCAGCACCAAGGACAGCAGGUACACUCUGCUGCCCAUGGGCAUCCUGCAGAUCACAGGAGUGCGCCGGUCUGAUGCCGGCCUCGUCCGCUGCGUGGCCACCAACAUCGCCAACACACGCUACAGCCACGAGGCCCAGCUCAACAUCACUGGUGGACCUCCCCGUGUAUACAAAGAGCCAGUGAUCCUGUCAGGUCCUCAGAACCUGACCAUCAACGUCCAUGAGACGGCCAUCUUGGAGUGCAUAGCCACUGGCAACCCUCGACCCAUUGUGUCCUGGAGCAGGCUGGAUGGGCGCUCUAUUGGUGUGGAGGGCAUUCAGGUGCUGGGCACGGGGAACCUGAUGAUCUCUGACGUGUCGCUCCAGCACUCUGGCAUUUACGUGUGCGCCGCCAACCGCCCCGGCACCAGGAUGAGGCGUACCGCACAGGGCCGACUGUUGGUGCAAGCUCCUCCUGAGUUUCUGCAGUGGCCACAGUCUGUGUCUAAGGCGCUAGGUGGCAGCGCUGUGUUCUCCUGCGUGGCCCAAGGUGUCCCCGAGCCUCACCUUAUUUGGCUGAAGAACGGCAAGAUCCUGACUCCUGGAGACAAUGUUAAACUCACCAACAACAACAGCACCCUUGCCUUAACUCGCAUCACCUCUGAGGACGAGGCUAUCUACCAGUGUAUCGCCGAGAACAGCGCUGGCACCAACCAGGCUAGCGCACGCCUGUCGGUCUCUCUGGCUAAAGAGCUGCCGGAUGUCCCGGAAAGUCUCAAAGCCACCGCGCUCUCCGGUACCUCGCUGCAGGUGUCCUGGACGCAGCCACCUGCCGAGGUCACAGAUGGCAUAAUUGGAUACGUGCUGCACAUCCGCAAGAUCUGUGAGCCAGACAGCAAGGAGCUCCAGGAGGCCAUCAGCAAGACCACCUUCCAGCACGACCUCGUCAAUCUGGACCCUGCCACCACCUACUCCAUCUACCUCAAAGCCUACUCUGCUCUGGGGGCCAGCCCUGCGUCUAGCACUGUUGUGGCUACAACACUAGGGGGAGGUAGGGACCUGUGCACUGCCCUUUACAACACUACAUUACAUGGAGAUAUACUUAAGGAAAGACUAUAGAGCAGUGGUUCUCAAACUUCUCUUGACUGGACCCCCUUUGAUAGUGAAAAAAAAUAGUCAAAUGAAAAAAAAAACAUUUGAACAGUUAAACAUUUUCAAUUUCAUUUCCAAUUUUUUUUUACAUCAGUUAAGCUGAAAUAUUUGAUCAGUUAAACAUUUCUCUUUUUAAAUCAUAUUUGAUCAGAGCUCUUGUUUAAAACAUUUAGUUGGUUGUUUAGGUUUCUCAUUACGUUUAUUUUACGCUCUGAACCCACUCCCCUCUUGCUGUAACUCCGCACCCCCAGGGGGCCCCGCUCCACACUUUGGGAGCCACUGGUACACCACUGCUACAGAGAUUGUGCUAUCCAUGUACUUGAAACACUUGACCCUGAAUGAAGUCAGCGUUUCACUUGAGAAUUAUUACUCUGCGUACACUGUUUAAUAUUUAAGUUUUGAAAAGAAAUGAAAUGACAGUCUGCUCUAAUUUCUGAAGUGAACAAAUCUCUUUUUCUCCUUAUCUGUAUGCUUUGUUAAAUGCUCAUUCUAGCAGUGUGCUUGCGUUUUAUAUUAUAAUGGAAGAAAAGUAUUUUUAUAAUGAAAGAAUCAACCGUCCAUCUCAUUUGAACUCCCCCUCUCUCUUUCUCCCUCACUAUUUACC